AUGGGUGGUCGUCUGCUAUCUGUGGUUCAGCAAGCGAGGAAAAUAAUGAAGUGGCCGCAGAAUCAUGUUCAUAGUCACCGGAAUCAUCAUGAGCCGCCGUCGUCGUCGGUGAAUGACAAGAACGUAGUUCCGCGUGGACACAUAGCGGUUUACGUGGGAGAGUUGCAAAGGAAGAGGUUCGUGGUUCCCAUAUCGUACCUGAACCAUCCCAUGUUUCUGGAUUUGCUUGGGCGAUAUGAGCAAGAGUUUGGGUUUCAUCAUCCCAUGGGUGGCCUCUCUCUUCCUUGCCAGGAAGACCAGUUCCUUAGCCUCACCUCCCAACUCAAAUCUUCCACCUAG